AAAAUGGCCCACCUACGUCAACAAGACUUGGGUCUUGGAGUACAGAGUACUGCAUCCAACAGCCAUUGUUAAUGGAAUUUCCAGGAACUCUCUCUCUCUCUGCGCAUGACUUAUUGUUAUAUAACGAUCUCAGCCCCUUGGAAGUUGAACUCAGCAUCAAUCAUACACUUGAUUAAAACAUACAUGGCAUUCUCUCUUUCCAUUUCCGUUGUGCUGCUCACAUGGGGCAUCUCCAUGUUUCUUGUUUUCUUAGUUCUUGGGGCUUUACUCCUUUGCCGACGCAUGGUUAAGAAAACUAAACCAAAGUUGAUAGAAACAAAGGAUGGCAACUUGUUCUCGAUAUGGAAUUAUGAUGGACGCAUUGCAUACAAAGACAUCAUUAAAGCAACUGAGGACUUUGACAUUAGAUAUUGUAUUAGAACUGGUGGUUAUGGUAGUGUCUACAAAGCCGAAUUACCCAGCGACAAAGUGGUUGCCUUGAAGAAACUUCAUCGAUUCGAAGUGGAGAAUAAAACUUUUGAUAAGAGUUUUCACAAUGAGGUGAAGGUGCUAACAGAGAUUCGACAUCGAAAUAUUAUAAAGUUUCAUGGUUUUUGUUUAUAUAAGAGAUGCAUGUUUUUGGUCUAUGAGUACAUGGAAAGGGGAAGCUUAUUUUGUGUACUUAGAAAUGAUGCUGAAGCUCUAGAACUGGAUUGGAACAAGAGGGUGAACAUCAUCAAAUCCACAGCACAUGCCUUAUCUUAUACGCAUCAUGAAUGCAUACCAGCAAUAGUUCAUCGGGAUAUAUCGAGCAACAACAUCCUAUUGAACUCUAAAUUGGAAGCAUUUGUCUCUGACUUUGGCUUGGCUAAACUCCUUCAUCCUGAUUCCUCUAAUUGAACGUUAGUUGCCGGAACUUACGGUUAUAUUGCUCCAGGAUUUAAUGUUACAUGAAAUUUUAGACCAGCGCUUACCACUUCCAAAUCAUCAAGUUGCAAAGGAUAUUUACCUUGUUGCUACACUGGCAAUUGCUUGCCUAAGCACAGAACCCAAUUCUCGACCUACAAUGAAACGUGUGUCCAAAGAUUUUCUUUCCUGCAAGAAGCCGAAGGCUAAGCUCCUACAUUCAGUUUCACUUCGACAUCUGAGGAACCAAGUCCAUGAUUGGAAAGAGUGAAAACUAAAUCUUGAAUUUUAGUGUCUGAGGGACAAUUUCUCUAUUUUUUUCGUGGGUUCUAUAUUUAUCCUUUUUUUUUUUCAUAAUGAAUGCACCAGACUUACACAUUUUAAGACUAUAAAUAUCAUUUCUCAUACGUUUUGUCUAACUUGUGGACAUUAAUUAGAAAGUAAGGUGAAUGUUGGAAUGAAUAUUUCUAUUUAGGCACUAAGUAUGGUGCAAUGAAUAGGUAUAUAAUUAACUGAUCAUUCAGAUUGU